AUGAGAAUAAAUAAUCAAUUCACAAGAUUAUUCUCAUCUACAUCAAUACGAAAUAGAGGUCAAAAUUUAACUGAAAAAAUUGUACAAAAAUAUGCACAAAAUUUACCAAAUGGAAAAAAAGUAUAUAGUGGAGAUUAUGUUACAAUAAAACCAGCUCAUUGUAUGAGUCAUGAUAAUUCAUGGCCAGUAGCAACAAAAUUUAUGGGAUUAGGAGCAAAAAAAGUUAAAAAUAAUAAACAAAUUGUAUGUACGUUAGAUCAUGAUGUUCAAAAUAAAAGUGAAAAAAAUUUAACCAAAUAUACAAAUAUUGAAAAUUUUGCCAGAGAACAAGGGAUAGAUUUUUAUCCUGCUGGUAGAGGAAUUGGUCAUCAAAUUAUGAUUGAAGAAGGUUAUGCUUUCCCAUUAAAUUUAACUGUUGCUUCUGAUUCUCAUUCAAAUACUUAUGGAGGUAUUGGAAGUUUAGGUACUCCAAUUGUAAGAACUGAUGCUGCUUCUAUAUGGGCAACUGGUCAAACUUGGUGGCAAAUCCCACCAGUUGCAAAAGUUGAAUUAAUUGGUAAUUUACCUGCGGGGGUCACUGGUAAAGAUAUUAUUGUAACAUUAUGUGGAAUAUUUAAUAAAGAUGAAGUAUUAAAUCAUGCAAUUGAAUUUGUUGGAGAUGGUAUUAGGAAUUUAAGUAUUGAUUAUAGAUUAACUAUUGCUAAUAUGACAACUGAAUGGGGUGCAUUAAGUGGAUUAUUUCCAAUAGAUGAUAAAUUAAUUGAAUUUUAUGAAGAAAGAUUAAAAAAAGUUGGUUCAAAUCAUCCAAGAAUUAACACAGAGACUAUUGAAUCAUUGAAAAAUAAUAAAGAACAGGGGGAUAAUGAUGCAAAAUAUGCAAAACAUUUAACUAUUGAUUUAAAUACUUUAUCACCAUAUAUAUCAGGUCCCAAUUCAGUUAAAAUUUCAACUCCAUUAUCAAAAUUAUCAAAAGAAGAAAUUAAAAUAAAUAAAGCAUAUUUAGUAAGUUGUACAAAUUCAAGAUUAUCAGAUAUUCAAUCAGCUGCAAAAAUUUUAAAAAAUCAAAAAAUUCAUCCUGAUGUUGAAUUUUAUGUUGCAGCAGCAUCAUCAUUAGUUCAAAAAGAUGCUGAAUUGGAUGGUGCAUGGCAAACCAUAUUAGAAAGUGGUGCAAAACCAUUACCUGCAGGUUGUGGACCAUGUAUUGGAUUAGGUUCAGGAUUAUUAAAAGAUGGAGAAAUUGGUAUAAGUGCAACAAAUAGAAAUUUUAAGGGAAGAAUGGGAUCAAAAGAUGCUUUAGCUUAUUUAGCUUCACCUGAAGUUGUUGCUGCUUCUGCUAUUUUAGGAAAAAUUGGAUCACCUGAAGAAAUUAAUGGUGGGAAACCUGUUGAAGCUGAAGAAAUUGUUAAAUCUAUUGAAAUUCCAAAUGACACAACAAGCUCCGUAAUUGAGGAUGAUUCAAAUGCAGCAGUUGAUAUUAUACCUGGUUUCCCAACUGAAAUAGUUGGAGAAUUAUUAUUAUGUGAUCAAGAUAAUAUAAAUACAGAUGGUAUAUAUCCAGGAAAAUAUACUUAUCAAGAUGAUAUAACUCGUGAACAAAUGGCAGAAGUAUGUAUGGAAAAUUAUGAUCCUCAAUUUAAAAAUAUUGCAAAACCAAAUGAUAUUAUAAUAAGUGGAUAUAAUUUUGGUACAGGAUCAAGUAGAGAACAAGCUGCAACUUGUAUAUUAGCUAAAAAUAUGAAAUUAAUUGUAGCUGGAUCAUUUGGUAAUAUUUUCAGUAGAAAUUCAAUUAAUAAUGCUUUGUUAACUUUAGAAAUUCCUAAUUUAAUCAAUAAAUUAAGAAAUAAAUUUAAAGAUAAUAAAGAAUUAACUAUUAGAACUGGUUGGAUUUUAAAAUGGGAUGUUACAAAGGCAUUAGUUACUGUAACGGAUGAAAAUGGUGAAAUUGUUUUAACUCAAAAAGUUGGUGAAUUAGGAACUAAUUUACAAGAUAUUAUUGUUAAAGGUGGAUUAGAAGGUUGGGUUAAAUCUGAAUUAAAAAAUUCAAAUUAG